CACUACCCUAGAUCAUCUCCCUUUGAUCAAGGGAAAUCCCAUUGAAAACGAAAGUAAGUGUUGUCUUGGUUUUUAUCAAACAGAAAAUAUACAAGGACGUUAGGACUAAAAAAAUAAUUAGUAAUAUGGCGGACAGUCAAUGUGGUGUCAGUCGUCAGCGUAGGGAUGAAGACACAAAAACAGUUUCCUCGUGCAGUGAAUGCAGCGAAGUUGUUGAUCAGAAAUGUGCUAGUAUUCAAGAAAAGAUUUUACCAGCUCCAAAAAAAGUACACAUUAAAGAAAAACAACAUCUUACUUCAUCGUUUCUUGAAAUGUCAGAGAACUGCGACAUUCAUCCCCGUCAAAAGAUUGUACUGUUCUGUUGUCAACAUGACAAGGUGAUCUGCGAUUCAUGUGUACUUGUAUCACAUCACAAUUGCAAACCUAUCAUCUCAGUUGAAAAAGCUGCCAAGGGCGUGAAAGAUAGCACUGCUAUUUCCGACUUAGAGAGAAGGAUGGAAAACCUUAGUCAGAUCACAGAAAAAAUACUGAGUCAAAAUGAGACAACACUUGAAGAUUUGAAGAACAAUCGUAACAACAUCAAGGAAAGAGUGUCGGGAAUGAAACAGAGAGUUAUCGCCCAUUUAGAUAAACUAGAAGUAGAUAUGCAUAAAGAUAUUGAUAAUAAGUAUAAACAAUGUAAAGAUAUGAUAUCCCGAAAUAAAGAUAGCGCCCGUUCCAGCACUGAUUCAUUGUUUACAUGGAAAAGGGAUCUUAAUUCGCUUAAACAACAUGUAUCUGAAAUCCAAUUAUUCCAGGUAGUAAAAAGUCUCGAUAUUGAAACUCACCAGAAAGAAUUGGAAAUAAGAGAACUUCAAAUAGCAACCAUUCCAACACUUACGUAUCAUCCUUUAGAAGUAGAAUCAAAUGUUAAAACGAGACACCAAGAUUUGGGUAAUGUUACAAUAGAAAAUGUCCCCGUACUAAUGCCUGUACUAGAUCUCGACCAACAAAGUCAGGUUCUUGUCAGAGCCCAUGGAGACGAGAGACGAUUGUCACUGACAAAUUCAUUCCAGACCACGAAGUUAGGUGAUGGUGUGUGUAUUUCAAGAGGUUGUUUUUAUCCUGGCAACAGGUUACUCCUUGGUCAGUACAGUGGUAGAAAACUGUUUGCAUGUAAACAUGAUGGAUCCAACUAUAAAGAAAUUGAUUUGCACUUUGAACCAAAAUAUAUAACAUUAUAUAGAAACAAAUAUGCUUUAGUAUCCCAAGGUGAUGAAUAUAUCCAAAUCAUUGACCUGACAUCGUUAAAGCUUAGUAAAAAGGUUAUAAAUGUUGGAGGAAUGUGUGAAGGAAUCACCAGUGUAAAAGAUAAAAUAUGGGUAAAAAAUGAACGCAACACUCUUACUAUGAUUGAUAUCAAUGGUAAAGUUCUGAACACAAUCAAAACAAAAUUUGAUCCUCGGGCUGUCUGUGCCAAUAACAAUGGAGAUGUCUAUUGUAUUGACAAUUUUAGUACUAAAGUCUUCAUUGUUACAUCAGAUGGAAAAGAAUGGGAGAUAUACAAGUCCCCUGACCUGACUAUGACAAGUGCGGUGACUGUAGACAACCGCGGUGAUGUAUAUGUAGCAGGACAAACGUCAAACAACAUACAUAGAAUAUCUCAUGAUAGAGGGAAACAUGACAUUGUCCUGACAGCAGACGAUGGUAUAUCUCAACCGACCGGUUUAUCGUACAACCAUGAAACAAAAGAACUAUUAGUAGUAAACAACUAUAAUACCACAGUCAAUAUUUAUAAAAUACAAUAAUGGAACCAUGUCAAACUAUAAAUUUAAGUUAUUAUAGUAUUAACAUUGCUUUGUGAUUCAUUUCGGACUGAAAUGAUCAGUAAAAUAGAAAAAAAAAAGACGUCAUGUAAUAUUGCCAUUUUAGCGACUAAUUUAACAUUGCCAUAAAGCGUUAGGUUUGGCUA